UGAGAGACCAGAAUAGUGGAACAAGCAAAGGCAGGAGGCUCAAAAGUUCCAGUUGGUCACCAACCGCUGAACCAUAUAGAAGAUUGUGUGGAAUUGCAUAGAUGAUGAAGUCAGCACCCUCCCUGUUUCCUACUCCAAAACCUGAACCAACUAACUAAUGCAACCAACACCUGUUGGUCCCCAUAAACCAUUUGAGACAUCCAACGAUAAUAACCAUAAAGCUAGCUUCUCUCCCCCCCUCUUCAAACCAAUCCCCGACUCCCUCUCCCCAUGCCCUCUCUCCCUCCUCAUCUCCUUCUCCCUCUGCUCCUCUUCUCCUUUCCCCUGUCGACCUCCCCUCGACCCGUCCCCGAGAAGCUCCAAUAUGAGAAGCACCGGACGGCGUUCCAACCCGUCCACGCUAACGACACGUGGCGAUCCUUCCACCGCCUCCUCGACCUCGAACGCGGGAGCCACGUCGACGGCUUAUCCGUUCUGAAGCGGUACUUCACCCGGUUCGGGUACCUCGCCGAGCCUGACCCGGCGGAACACGCCGAGUCGUUCGACGGCAGGCUCGAGUCCGCCGUCGUCCGCUACCAGACCAACCUCGGCCUCCCGGUCACCGGCAAGCUCGACGCCGCCACCCUCGCCCAGAUCAUGACCCCGCGAUGCGGCGUCCCCGACUCGAACGUGACCCGAUCGAACCACACCGGCCCUGUUGCGCGGUUCACCUUCUUCUCCGGCCGGCCGAGAUGGGCAGGGUCGAAACCGUUAACUCUGACGUACGCCAUCUCGCCGGCGCACACCAUCGACUACGUCCGCCGUUCAGACGUCGCGGCGGCGAUCCGGAGAGCCUUCGCCCGCUGGGCGAAGGUGAUCCCUGUGAGGUUCGUGGAGGUGACCGACUACGAGGCGGCGGACGUCAAGGUCGGGUUCUACGGCGGCGAUCAUGGCGACGGGGAGCCCUUCGACGGGGUGCUGGGGAUCUUGGCGCACGCGUUCUCGCCGGAGAGCGGAAGGCUGCACCUGGACGCGGCGGAGCGGUGGGCGGUGGACUUCGGGGAUGACGAGUCGGAGUCGGCGGUCGACCUGGAGUCAGUGGCGACGCAUGAGAUAGGGCACGUGCUGGGCCUCGGCCACUCGGCGGUGAAGGAGGCGGUGAUGUACCCGAGCCUGAGCCCGCGGACGAAGAAGGUGGAGCUGAGGGUGGAUGACGUGGAGGGGGCGCAGGCGCUCUACGGCUCCAACCCGAACUUCCGGCUCAGCCAACUCGUCGAGUCGGAGACGUCGUCAUCGGCUUAUCGAAACAGCAUCGGCGGCGGCGGUGAUGCGAUUGCUUGGAGAAUUUGGAUAGGAAUUCUCAUCAUGUUGAUUGUAUAGAUAAAACCUGUCAUAGUUGUAUUACUAUUUGAUGGUGUUGACUUUUUUUUCCUUGUCUGGAAGAACGUAGUCUUGAUUUAAAUUGUAUAGGUUAGGAUUCAUUCAUUGAAGUCUAUAUGUUGGAAUAGGUGGGAAGCAUAAGAGCCUCCUACGUGGUGUGAGUUCUUCAGAAAGUAUAGUAAUCAAAUUGAUCACUGUUUUGACUCUUUA